CGCUCCUCCUCUUCAUACUCUAGCCAAGUGUAAAGAUGGCGUCCAUUAUGGAAGGGCCGCUGAGUAAAUGGACUAACGUCAUGAAAGGUUGGCAGUACCGUUGGUUCGUUUUGGACUACAACGCUGGAUUGUUGUCUUACUAUACGUCCAAAGACAAGAUGAUGAGGGGUUCACGGAGAGGCUGUGUUCGGCUCAGGGGAGCUGUGAUAGGUAUUGACGACGAGGACGACAGCACUUUCACCAUCACGGUGGACCAGAAGACCUUUCAUUUUCAAGCCCGUGAUGCAGACGAGAGGGAGAAGUGGAUCCAUGCCUUAGAGGGGACCAUUCUCAGGCACACCCUUCAGCUGCGGGAGGCAGAAACGGGGCUUGUUCCCAGCGUUCAAGAUUUCGACAAGAAACUUGCUGAGGCUGACGCCUACUUGCAGAUUCUGAUUGACCAAUUAAAACUUUUUGAUGAGAAACUUAAGGACUGCAAAGAAGAUGAGUCGCGCAGAAAAAUUGAGAAUCUGAAGGAAACGACCUGUAGUAUGGUAGAAUCAAUCAAGCACUGUAUUGUACUGCUGCAGAUUGCCAAGGAUCAAAGUAACGAACAGCAACACGCAAACGGACUGAUAAGCACUAUCAAUCCGGUGGAUGGGAUUUUUCAGCCCAACCCCCUGGAGUCCACUGUAGUCAGCACCAUGCCCACCCAGUCCACCCUCCCCACAGAUAACGCUCAGACAUGCAAGGCGGAGCAAAGGCCGUCCUCUCUGCCUGUGGGUCCUGUAACCACGGUGGUGAGCAACCUGCAGACCCCCACGCCCAACAGCACAGGAAGCGGGCCCUCGGGGCCCAGCAGCAGCGUUACCUCUCCCAGCCACAUAAACCUGUCGUCCAACACCGUGCCCGACUUCUCCUACUCCAGCAGCGAGGACGAGUUCUACGAUGCCGACGAGUUCUACCAGAGCAGCACGUCUCCCAAGCACGGCAUGGAUUCCUCCAGGACUGCGGCUGCCGUACCUCACACUGGCGCUGACGCUGCCCUCAAACGGCCAGACACCAACGACUCCCUCAACUCCUCCAUGUCCAACGGCACCACCGAUGCAGACCAGUUUGACAGCCACGAUGACCGCGACGACGACGGCGAGGGCGAGUCGGUGGAGGAGCACAAGAGCGUCAUCAUGCACCUGCUGUCCCAGGUGCGCCUGGGCAUGGACCUCACCAAGGUGGUCCUGCCUACGUUCAUCUUGGAGAGGAGGUCACUGUUGGAGAUGUACGCUGACUUCUUCGCCCACCCGGAUUUGUUCGUUAGCAUCGCGGACCAGCCGGAGCCCAGGGAGCGCAUGGUGCAGGUGGUGAAGUGGUACCUGUCGGCCUUUCACGCGGGUCGGAAAGGGUCCGUGGCCAAGAAGCCCUACAACCCCAUCCUGGGAGAGGUGUUCUUCUGCCACUGGGACCUGCCGGCAGAGUCCGAGGAGACGAGCGCAGCGGGGAGUGCAGCGGUGAACACAGCGGGGAGUGCAGCGGUGAACACAGCAGUGAGCGCAGCGGUGAACACAGCGGUGAACACAACGGAGCCGGUGUCAGAGGGCCCGGUGCCCUGGUGUGGGAAGGGCAGCGUGUCCUUCGUAGCAGAGCAGGUCUCGCAUCACCCCCCAAUAUCCGCCUUCUACGCAGAGUGCUUCAGUAAAAAGAUCCAGUUCAAUGCCCACAUCUGGACCAAGUCGAAGUUCUUGGGCAUGUCUAUUGGGGUCCAUAAUAUCGGCCAGGGCUGCGUGUCCUGCCUGGAGCACGACGAGCACUACAUCCUCACCUUCCCCAACGGCUAUGGCAGGUCAAUCCUCACCGUCCCGUGGGUGGAGCUGGGCGGGGAGUGCAACAUCUCCUGCUCCAAGUCGGGCUACAGCGCCACCAUCACAUUCCACACCAAGCCCUUCUACGGCGGGAGGAAGCACAGGAUAACGGCGGACAUUUUUGCUCCCAAUGACAAGAAGUCCUUCUGCUCCAUCGAGGGAGAGUGGAACGGAGUGAUGUACGCCAAAUGGGCGUCAGGGGAGAAUUCCUUGUUCAUCGACACAAAGAAACUGGGCAUCGUGAAGAAGAGGGUGAGGAAGCUGGAGGACCAGCUGGACUAUGAAUCUCGCCGGCUGUGGAAGGAUGUCACCACUAACCUGAAGCUCAGAGACAUUGACGCAGCCACAGAUGCAAAGCACCGCUUGGAGGAGAAGCAGAGGGCCGAGGCUCGGGAGAGGAAGGAGAACGAGGUCCAGUGGGAGACCAGGCUGUUCCACGAGGACGGGGAGUGCUGGGUGUACGAUGAGCCCCUACUGAAGAGAACGGCAGCACAACGGCACUGAGCAUCGCCGAGGACCCCCGGAUGCGACACAACAGAGUCUUAAUAAGAACUCCUUUACAGACCACUUCUCAUCCAAGCCUUUCGAUGACCGCUACUAGAAUAUGUACUCGGCUCUGCAUUUUCAAAAUAAUAAAAAAAAAACUUCUCUAAAAAAAAAAAAACUUCUCCAAUAUAGUGUUCCGCCGACCCCUCAUCCACCACCACCACCUCCACCUCCCCCCCACCCCCCCUUCGGAAACGAGCAAAAUAAAAACCGGAGCGGGAGCUCCUCACCAACACGGACAAGCGCCCGCGGCCUCGCGGGGGGGGGGGCGUCCUGAGGGGCUGUUCUUUUCCCCCACAGAGGGGGGGGCGGCGGUGUUUAGAUGGAACAAACCUUGAAAACGACAGCGUUCUGUAUCUCAGGGAAACCGGGGACUGAGGAAUGAAGGCUGGAGCCGCGGGAGUUCGAAGGCCUUAUUGGUGGAACCAGAGGGGGGCGGGGGGACAACCUGGCUUGCCUACAGCUUGUUACGGCUGUACAUAUAAAUAUAUAUUUAUAUAUAUUAUAUAUAUUAUUCUUUUGUUCGGUUUCAUUAUUUUUUUUUUUUCUUUCUUUCUGGCAAUAGUAACUGCUGAAGGAUAUGAAUUCACCAGUCACACAUCAGGAAGCUUUGUCCCCGUCACUGGGACAGAUUGUCCCGUAUGUAAACUGGACCUCCCUUUUUCCCCCGUUCAGUCCCAACAGUAAUUUCACACGUAUGCUGAAGAGAAGCAGAAGACCUGCGCUGGCGAGGUCGACACUAUCGAAACACACUCAGCAGUGACAGACGCUGUUCUAUUUUCCCACCACCCUUGAGGAACGCAGGCUGUGUGCUCGUGAGCGUGUAGCUGCACAGGGACAUCGGAAAGGCUAGGUUUAUAGGAUCCGGCUUGGUUUGAUUCAUGAACUGACCUUUUCCGUAGAAUUACUGUUUUACGCCAUCUAAGCCCGUUGGAAAGCAUAGUGGCCUGCAAUUUGCCUUCCCGACUUUUGCAGGCUUAGCCAGUGCUUAUCCUCAAUGGUUAGGACAUGCUAAUGCUACUGCCUGGGACCUUGAAAUUAAAAAAAAUUAUAUAUAUAAAUGUAUAUUAUAUAUAGUUUUUUGUAACCUCCAUGAAUCACAAUAGCCCUUAAUGUCCUUGUGCUGCUCUUCUGGGAGACGUUGCUGAAUUGAACCCCAUGAGGGGAAAAUGGGCUGAACGGUGUGUACAGUUAGCGGGGUGACAAACCUUUUCAUCUGAAGGCUUUGGUUCCGUCAGCUCUCUCAUUAAAUUAGAUUAUAAUCCAGAACUCUAAUGUUUAAUGAGCUGAAAGGUGCCAAAGUCCUGUACUGGGGAGGAUCAGUUGGUUUUAUGAGAAGCGGCAAUACUCUUUGGUAGUCUUUUAGUGCCGAUUACAUCUUGGGCACAGAAUCUUAUAAUGAAGACCCAAAAACGAUUACCUAUUUUGAAUCAAAUGUUAUGAAUAGCCAAGCUGGAUUUUUCCCCUUCAUUUCAGUCUUACAUAGGCAAUCUAUCUUUUCUUGUAAUGGAAUGGGCAGAGAUUGUGAACUAAAGCCAUUAUAUUUUCUUUUUCAUGUUGUUUUUUGUAAAUGAAUAUUAAAUUGAGGCCUUGCCAUUCAUUUCAAUAUCACUUGCUUGGAAAGAGCAGUCAAAAUGUAUUUUUUAUUUUGCAUUCUCUUCAAAUCAUAACCAUUGAUUGUAUCAGAUUCUCAUGUUCAUUGAUGCGAAAUAUUAAACCUCCAUAAAUUUG